AAAUGAAUCGGAACAUAAACCGCCUCUGACCCGCCCCUCGCGAUGAAAAACUGCUGUUUCAAACUGCUCCGGGGACGGUCCUCCGCAGCCCUUGGGUUUGACAGCGCGCAGGAGCACGGCAGAGCUUUUUACGCACUCGCGCUGGCAAACUUGUCAUUUAGACAGACAUCUGCUCUCAUGGUGGGUGCCACAUCUGCCUGUCGACGAGUUCGCAGCGAGGUUCUGAUCGACUGAUCGCACUCCCCAGCCGCGAUGGAUUACGGACGGACCAUGGCCCCCCCGGUGCCGCCGCAUAAGCCCAAACCUGCGCGGCCGGGGGAGGCGCAGGAGCGGCUGCUGAAGUGCGUCCUGCUCGGCGACGGAGCGGUGGGGAAAACCAGUUUGGUGGUCAGUUACACAACCAACGGAUAUCCCACCAAAUACGUCCCCACGGCGUUUGAUGACUUUUCAGCUGUGGUCCAGGUGGACGGGAGCCCGGUGAGGCUGCAGCUGUGUGACACCGCCGGACAGGACGAGUUCGACAAACUCCGCCACUUCUGCUACGCCCGCACCGACGUGCUGCUGCUCUGCUUCAGCGUGGUCAGCCCGGCCUCCUUCCAGAACGUGUGGGAGAAGUGGGUGCCCGAGAUCCGCCGGCGCUGCCCGCUCACGCCCGUCCUGCUGGUGGGCACGCAGUGCGACCUGCGGCAGGACGUCAAGGUGCUGAUCGAGCUGGCCAGGCGGAGGGAGCGGCCCGUGGCCGAGGAGGACGCCCGGGCCCUGGCCGAGAAGGCCGGGGCCGUCGCCUACAUCGAGUGCUCGGCGCUGACGCAGAAGAACCUGAAGGAGGUGUUCGACGCCGCCAUCUCGGUGGGGCUGCGGCACUCCGACCGAAGAGCGCGGCGGGAGAGGAAGGUGCGCAGCACGGCCGACAAGAUGAAAAUGCUCUCCAAGUCCUGGUGGAAGAAGUACGUUUGCGUCCAAUAAGAAGGGAGGAAAAAAAAAAACUGAACUGUUUAGGAAAGCGGAUCUGCUGACUUAUCUGGAUGAGUUGGCUGAGUUGGAUGUACGGGCUCGUCGUCACGCUCACACGGGAGAGACUUUUUUGAGCUGAUCUUGAUCGACUUUCGUUUCAGAGGAGCAACAGGUUCAACAGCGGCAGUCUGAGUCUGCUCAGGCCCAAGGUUGGAGGGGGUGCGAGGCGGACAAAAAAAAUGGUCAAUGAGACAUGAGAGCAUGAGGCUGUGACCACUGUCUGCUCCAAAGAAAAGCAAUCAACCAAAAAAAAAAACGAUGGCACCGAUGAAAUGUUAUACGGACGGCGUGACAUGCUGGACUUGUUCAGGCGGAAAUGUGAACUGACUUGGAGGGGGAGAUGUUAAGGUGGUGAUGUUAAGUUCUAUAAGUAUACUCCUGAUACGGUUCCCCGUCUUGCAAAGUAUAUUAUUUCACGUGUUCUACACACAGUUAUUGAGACCUCGUGACUUUUCUAUUUUGAUUCUCACAAAACAUGAAAGUUAAUGCAAGUCGCUUAGCUCAAAACCCCAAAUUAAAGAUGCAAUUAUUCUGCUGUUAAAGCCAACCCUGCACCUUGUUAGAGUGAUCAGAAGAAUCUGCAAGUCAAAUUGCAUCAUUUUAAAUAUAGAAAUCUUUAUUGAAUUUACGUCGACACUUUCCUCUCUUGGUUACAAUCAAAUGUAUAUGAGUAUAAUUUUUUUUUCUAAAAUCAGUGAUGGUCUUUAGGACGCAUUUCGAAAGGAGGCUAUUUUGCCAUGAACAGUUUGUAGUGUCAUUGCUGCAUUUAAAGUGUUGACACAAGUGUCACCUUUCUAUUCUCAACACUUUUUAACACAGACUGACACUGUCCUCACUAACCCAAACCAAACCGAGACUGACUUUACAGAAUAUGAAAAGAUCACAUUCUAACUGAUACUAAUUGUCCAACAGACAUAUAUACUGGAUAUCUGCUGUAAGUCUGGACAUGUUCCAUUGUUUACUUUGUUGGAGUUCUUUGUCCGAUAAGCUACAGCCGGUUCGUUUCCUUUUAUUUCUGUUACAAUGCUGCAGCCGUACAUUGGUGCUGCCGCUGUAAAUUGCACUUAUACACACACAUCACUGAGGUCUAGCCAUGCAGUGGCCUUUUAACCAAUAAUAAUGGGAACUUAAGUCCUGCUUUGUAUGUGAGAAAAAGUUAAGGACGUUAGAUGAUGCGUAGGUUUGUUCCGAGACGCAGGUGACCUGUACGUAAAGGCGCUGUGUCACAGGUUCUGUUCAUAUCAUGGCAGUAAGAGCCUUAAACCGAUGAUCAUCCACCCUUUUUCAGCCAGCGUGUUGGAGCUCUCUCCUCUUUUGAUCUUGUGCAGUAAAUGAGGUGAAAUCACCAAAGAGACUGAUUCUGUGUUUGCUUCUUAUUUUUCAGAAGCCUGUUGUUCUGCUCUGUCUAUUUAUCUGUUCUUUCUGACCAACAGCUGAUCGAUAGCAAACCAGAGCAGACGGAUGAAACGUCAUAUGUCCCUAUGUAUGUUACAUAGUAAUCAUUUAUGAUGUUUGCGAUGUCAUGAACAUAAAUCUGUGUACACAUAUAUAAGUGACUGUCAGCCACUGUGCUGUCCAACUCAAAGUGGUACUUAACAGUAUGAUGUUGUGUCUGACUCUCAUAUGAGAACGGUUUGUUGGCCUGAAUGAGUGGAACAAAAUAAAAUGUGAAUUAUUUAA